AUGGUCAAAUUUGAUAGUGGUUCUGAGUCCGAGAUGACGAACGGGGACGACCUUCACAUCAACAGCAAGCAUGAGGUCAAAUCCAGAAUGGCCAACGGCAACGGGGUGCACAAUGUUCCCGACCAUGACCAAUUCCAAGAUCGUGCCGAGAUGGAGGUUCUCAUCCUUCCCGACCUCUUCAGCUCACUCAUGUCGGUUCCAGCCCGUGAGAACCCCCAUUAUGCCAGCGUCAAAGCCGAUGCCGACGAGUGGAUCUCCUCCGUGAUCAACGCCGAUGCCAAGUGGGCCAGCAGAAACAAACGGGUUGACUUUACCUAUCUUGCAAGUAUUUGGGCUCCUGACUGCAGCGCAUUCGCCCUACGUACGUCAGCCGAUUGGAACUCAUGGGCCUUCCUCUUCGACGACCAGUUCGACGAAGGCCACUUGUCCAAUGACCUGGAUGGCGCCAUAAAUGAGAUUGCCAGGACACGUGAGAUCAUGGAGGGUACUGCCCCGCGGUAUACCGCAGACUCAGAACAUCCUAUUCGCUAUGUGUUUCAGACAUUGUGCGAUCGCGUCAAGCAAAGCCCUGAGGGUUUCUACGCGGGAAAGCCAUCGUCAGAGCGCUUCUACAGGCGCUGGAUGUGGGCACACGAACUCUACUGGGAGGGACUGGUCGCACAGGUUCGGACAAAUGUGGAGGGUCGAUCCUUCACACGUGGUCCAGAAGAGUACCUGGCCAUGCGUCGGGGAUCUCUGGGCGCCUAUCCUGCGCUUGUGAACAAUGAGUGGGCUUAUGGGAUUGAUCUGCCCGAGGAGGUAGCGGAUCAUCCUUUAGUGUUCGAGAUCAUGGUCAUCAUGAGCGACCAGAUCCUGUUAGUCAACGACAUUCUCUCCUACGAAAAGGAUCUUCGCCUUGGAGUUGACCACAAUAUGGUCCGCUUGCUUAAGGCCAAGGGCCUCUCAACGCAGCAGGCCAUAAAUGAAGUCGGAGUUAUGAUCAACAACUGUUACAGACGCUAUUAUAGAGCACUCUCAGAGCUCCCAUGCUUCGGGGAGGAGGCCGAUCGCGCGCUCCUUGGCUAUCUCGAGGUCGAGAAGAACCAUGCCCUCGGCAGUCUUCUCUGGAGCUAUAAGACAGGCAGGUAUUUCAAGAGUAAGGAGGAUGGUGCUCGGGUCAGGAAAACGAGGGAGUUGCUUAUACCAAAGAAGAUGGCAGCGUUGUAA